AUGUCCCGCAUAUUCUGCAUCCCCGGGAUUAUCUUCCUCCUCUGCGCGUUCGUGCUGAGCUUCCUGACGUCGAUCUCGCUGCCCUACCUGACCGCCCUCGACAUCACGCGAGUGCAUUUCGGAAAUGCUGGGACUGCAGGGACUUUGGAUCAAGGCGUGACGGAGCUGAGGGUGAGUGCUCAGUGCAAGCUACUCGGCGUCUGGGCGUAUUGCUCGUACGAUGUGAAUGAUAGCCGUACUUGCAGCAAAGCAGGACAUGGAUACAACGUUGGCAUCGGCAGUGUCGUGGAUAAAAACACCAGCGUGAUCAUUGGAUCAUCCUGGACCCGUGGACUGGCUGUCCACCCCGUCGCCACCGCAAUCACCUUCGUGGCUCUCCUCCUCUCCUUCUCGCAGCACAUCACGGUCACCCUAGUGUCCUCGAUUGUGUCCUUCUUCGCCGCGCUUCUCACCCUAAUUGCCUUCGCUAUCGAUAUCGCGCUCUUCGUAUACGUACGCCAUCAGGUCAAGAAGAUUAAUGGAAUCGACCCCAACACAAACGCUGGUCCAGGCUUCUGGCUGACCCUUGUCACCUUCAUCCUCCUGCUGUUGGCUGGCGGGACAGUCUGCUUUGGCCGCCGCAAAGAUAGGCUGUCAGGUGCUACCACCACCACGUAUACCACGUCUGAGAAGAAGCCUUUCUGGUCUAGGUUCAAGAGAAAGAACUAA